AUGAAUGACACGGACAUUUUCUGCCAAAACAACUCAACCGACCCGUCAUGUGGUUGGAACGCAACCGCUUUGUCCACAAGCUUAAUCGACAUCACCACUUUCAUGCACAUUUUACCGUCCAUUUAUGGCAUCCUGUGCUGUGUGGGAGUUCUGGCCAAUGGGCUGGUCAUUUAUGCGGUGGCCGGGUGCAAGAAGAAAAUUGUGUCGGACGUCUACGUGCUCAACUUGGCCAUAGCAGACAUGCUUUUCUUGUUGGUGAUGCCCUUCAACAUCCACCAGCUGGUCAGAGACAGGCAGUGGGUCUUCGGGAACUUUAUGUGCAAGGCGGUGGUGGUGGUGGAUGUGAGUAACCAGUUCACCACCGUGGGAAUUGUUACCGUGCUCUGCAUUGAUCGGUACAUUGCCAUCGUUCACCCCACCUCAGAGCGGAGGACCAUUCAGUGGACCAUCAUCAUCAACGUGCUGGUGUGGAUUGGCAGCUUCCUCCUCACUGUGCCGGUCAUGAUGUAUGCGAAAGUUGUACGGAGACAACAUUUGGAGAUCUGCAUGAUGUACCUAGACGGACCUGAGGACAUGUACUGGUACACCCUCUACCAGUCCAUCCUGGGCUUCAUCAUCCCGCUCAUCAUCAUCAGCACUUUCUACUCGCUCACGCUCUACUACAUGUUCAGCUCCAUCCGUCGGGUGAAACGCAAGCAGACUGUGUGGGCCAAGAGGGCCACCAAGAUGGUGCUGAUGGUGAUCGCUCUGUUCCUGAUCUGCUGGUCGCCGUACCACGUCAUCCAGGUGAUCAACCUGAGCAACAACUCCCCGACCGUCACCUUUAUCUAUGCCUACAACAUCAGUAUCUGCCUCAGCUACUCCCAUAGCUGCAUCAACCCACUUAUGUUGCUCAUCUUUGCCCAAAAUUACCGUGAACGUCUUUGUCGCAGAAACAUGAACAGUUCCCAACACUCAUCCAAGGUGACUGUGGUCAAAACGGAGGGUUCCAGUGUGGCUACUAACCCCACUUAUCGUUGUACUGCCAUUUAGUAACAAACAUUUCUGCAUAGAGAUAUAGACAUGUUGCUGUUUGUUCAAAUGGACAAGAUAAUGUUGCCUGUGAAAUGU